UCAACAUGGUGAACGUAUUGAGCAAGAUCGCAGUGCGGUUGCCGGUUUUAAACUCUAAAGCUUCUGGAAUUGCUGUUGCAGCAGUUGCUGCUGGCAUUAUUGUGCUGUGGAAGAAAAAGCUUGACGAGCUGAGUAGUAAAAGAAAAGAUGUGACUGGUGAUUUGCAUAUUACUUUAGAGGAGGAAAAAAACAGAAAGAAAGGAAAGGCUGCUGUUGAUGGUGUGUUUUUUAGGCAACUGCUCAAGAUUUUAAAAAUUAUCAUCCCUGGAUGGCUUUCACCAGAGAGUGGUUACCUGUUACUUGUUGCUGUAUCUCUAAUAGCUCGGACAUACUGUGAUGUAUGGAUGAUAAACAAUGGGACAUCGAUUGAGAGGUCCAUUAUUGGCGGUGAUUUUGGAGGAUUUAAAGACAAUCUCCUUGCACUGGUUUAUGCAAUGCCAUUUAUAUCUGUGAUAAACCAGCUCUUAAAGUUUGGAUUAAGUGAGCUCAAGUUGAGGUUCCGCUCCAGAUUAACUCUUCAUCUCUAUGAAAAGUAUCUAAGCUCUUUUACUUUCUAUAAAAUGAGCAACUUGGAUAACCGCAUUGCAAAUGCAGAUCAACUUCUAACUCAGGAUGUGGAUAAAUUCUGCAACAGUCUUGCUGAACUGUACUCCAAUAUAAGUAAACCUAUACUUGACAUAGCCAUAUAUGUACAAAGAUUGGCUGGAGCUAUUGGUAUACAGGGGCCAGCCAUAAUGUUGGGAUACUUAGCUUUCUCUGGACUUCUGUUAACAAGAUUGCGACGGCCAGUUGGUAGAAUGACAGCUGAUGAACAACAUCUUGAAGGAGAGUUCAGAUAUGUGAACUCAAGGCUCAUAACUAACAGUGAGGAAAUUGCUUUCUACCAAGGAGGGAGAAGGGAAAAACUUACAAUUGAAAGUACAUUUCACAGGCUGGUUGAUCAUCUGAGAAAUUUCAUUCAGUUUAGAUCUAGUAUGGGAGUUAUUGACAAUAUUAUAGCAAAAUAUAUAGCUACUACUGUAGGAUUCUCAGUUGUCAGUCGUCCUUUUCUGAGUGCAUCAAGUACAAGGCACAUCAACAGCACACACAGUGAGAGAAUGGAGGACUACUACAGAAGUGGCAGGAUGUUAGUGAAAAUGGCAGAAGCUAUUGGUCGCCUAGUGUUGGCGGGCAGAGAGUUAACUCGACUGGCAGGGUAUACUUCCAGAGUUUCAGAGCUAAUGACAGUGUUAAAAGACCUUAGUAAAGGAAAAUAUCAACGAACUAUGAUCAAUCAGUCGAGUCCACAGGCAGAGGGAGACAGUGAACGGCAAGAUAAGAUUCCUAGGAGCACUUUGGUUCCAAACCAAGGCGAAAUAGUUGAAACUGAUCAUCUAAUCAGAUUUGAACAUGUUCCUCUGGUUACACCCAAUGGAGACAUUCUAGUGAACGACCUUUCGUUUGAGGUACGUUCGGGCAUGAAUGUGUUAGUUUGCGGGCCAAAUGGAUGUGGAAAAAGUUCUUUGUUCAGGAUUUUGGGAGAGCUAUGGCCGCUGUUUGGUGGUAAAUUAGUAAAACCAAACAAGAGCAAGCUUUUCUAUGUACCGCAGCGUCCUUAUAUGGCCCUCGGAACGUUGCGGGAUCAGGUGAUUUAUCCCGACACUGUGGAAGAUUUGCACCGGAAAGGACUUACGGACGGAGACCUUGAGGAUUAUCUAAAACAGGUUCAUCUUGGUAAUAUUCUUGAGCGGGAAGGAAGCUGGGACUCGAUCCAGGAUUGGAUGGAUGUUCUGAGUGGUGGUGAGAAGCAAAGGAUGGCAAUGGCUCGUCUUUUCUACCACAAACCUCAGUUUGCUAUUCUGGAUGAAUGCACUAGUGCAGUUAGUGUGGAUGUGGAGGGUUUCAUGUAUACACGCUGUAGAGAGGUUGGCAUCACAUUAUUUACUGUCUCACAUCGUAAGUCGUUGUGGAAAUACCACGAGUAUGUUUUGUACAUGGACGGCAGAGGCUCGUAUGAGUACAAACCGAUUGAUUCUGCUACUACAGAGUUUGGUUCCUAAACAUCCUUCUCUGACCUCGAUACACGCCACCCGUCGAUCAACAACUACAACUGCACACUCAGAACACCGAUCGAUCCUUCAACUUCUAUCCCACUUAGCACUCGCCAAUCAAUUAAACUGCCCUACCCAACAAGUCUCAACUGCCUCUUCUUUUCAGGCUUUGUCUUAUUCUGUAUUGUAUGGUGGUUUUAUUGGCUUAGAACUUUUAAUUCGUUGCAAACUUGGGUUAUUAUUUCUAGGAGAUCAUGACGUAACAAUAACGCAAAUAUUCUGACUCUGGUGAAACUACCCUAACCAAGAAAAAUACACGUCACAUGUCGUAUUUGUCUGCGAGUAGGCAUGUGACCAUAUCGGUCAGCCUGAACAGGCAGGGAAACAUUCUGCCUCGCCUAUCUGAUAACUAAACAAGAGGUGUCAAAUGAAUCGAGUUUUUUAAAACAAUAACCAUGAUUAAAUUUUUUAACUUCGUAACACAUCAUAAUGUUUAGUGGCGCUACGCAAAAGUGUGUUUUAAAAAGACUGCUUGAAAGUGUUACUUUUACUUGGUGGUCGGCUGAUGAUAGGUAAACUUCAUCUUUUAAUGAUCGGGGAACAGAUGCAAAUGUUGCAAGUCGGUGGUAUCUCUCUGUUUCUGUUUGGCACAGAAUUGCACCUGCCACAAGCUGUGCGUUUUUGUUGCUAAAUCUCGACUAAGAGUUUUUUCAGGAAUUCCUGUCAGGAGCAGGGCCCGGGAGAAUUCCUUUUAUUCCAUCUAUAUGUAACAGUCGUUAUCCCUCGGGAAGGGAGUAGCUUAUCAAAACUACGAAG